AAUAAAUUGGACGAGCGAAAAUCCGGGAAGAAAAGACAAACGAGCUCGGGAAAAAAAGCGAAAUGUUGCAAGUGCAAAUGACAAAUAUGGAGCCGAAAAGCGAAUGAAAAGCGGAAAAACCAAGCACAUAAAACGGGGCAUAUGUAUAUAUGUAUGAGCACACAUACAUACAUAAGUGCUGGACAAGCAUAAAACAAAGUGUAUCUACAGAGGAUACAUGUGUGCGUGUGUGUGUGUGUGAGUGUUUGAUUGAGUGUGUGUGUGUGUGUACUGUUCAGCUAAUACAGGAUAAGCGGCUAACGUCAGAGCCAGGACCAUGAAUAUGAGUAUGAAUAUAAAUAUGAAUAUAUUGGCAGUGGGCAACGCAUUCGACGCCGUUGAUGAUAACAAUAAAUAUGAAAAUUCAAAAUAAGUAUACAAAUGGCCAAAUCUGAAAGAGCACAAUAAAAACGGUCAUAAAGAACAUCAAAUCAUCAGCAACAGUAACAGGCAAACGGCAGCAGCAGCAGAUAACCGACGAUAACAUUGGCCACAGGCCAGGGAAGUGAAGCAAAGCGACGACGACAACAACAACAGUAACAACAUCAACAACAACAACAACAGCAGCAGGACUAGCCACAUCCACAGCGACAACAAGAAGAGCAACGGCAACUGUGGCCAAUGGCAAUGGCCGAGCUGGCACAACAUCUGCAGGGACCCGAGACCCGGGCCCAUAAAUGGCGGCACGUGCACUGCUCUCACUCCUGGUCUGCCUGUUCCUGCAAAAGCUCCAACUCAUUCAGCCCGUGCCAGCCCUGUUCCUGGAGUAGCUGGAGCAAAGUAGUCGCCUGGUGGCUGGUUGUUUUGUGCCUGCUGACACGGCCCGUCAUGCCGGAAGUUAUUUAUCGAGUUGAUCCUUUGGCUCUUCUUGCAGCCACCUUACGAACGUACCAGCGCGCCGGAUGCGAUUCUGAGCAGCUGUCACUUAGCUGUCCACGCGGCACGAGUAUUUCCAUAGAGUUGGCCCAGUAUGGCAGAGCGGGCGAUUUAACCGACCACAGCCUGUGUCCGCCGGUCUCGCAAGAGGACCUCACCACGACCGGAAGUGCCGGCGAUGCUGUCAUCCACAGUGGCACAGAAAUCGAAGUCAAACCGCCGGAAACGUGUACCGUAAGCGGAUUACAGUAUGCAUUGCUGCAGACCGUGGUCGAUGCCUGCCAGAAGAAGAGGCAUUGCAAGUUUGCCGCGAAUUCCAAAACGCACUCGAGCGGAGAUCCCUGUUCGGGCAUACGGAAAUUCGUCGAGAUUGCCUACAAAUGCCGUCCAUAUGAAUUCCGCAGCAAAGUGGCCUGCGAACAGGAUACCAUGCCACUGGUUUGCAAUCCCUACUCCCGCAUAGCUAUCUAUAGCGCAUCCUUUGGGCAUACGGAACGGGAGAGCGUACAAUGCGGUGGUCAGAGUGCGGGAACUGUUACGGGCAGCACGCCGGGCGUCAGUGAGGACAAUAGCAAGCCAACAUGUUUGGUAUCCUAUGCCACCGAAACAGUGAUGCAAAUCUGUCAUGGUCGAAGACGAUGCUCCGUGACAGCGGAUGCUGGCACCUUUGGUCGUCCCUGCAAGACCGAUGUGCGCAUGUAUCUCAAGGUCGUCUACACAUGCAUUCCUCGCAAAGUGUUAAAGGAUCGCUAUGAAACGGCACCCGAAUCGGAUGAACCACAACAGACCGAAUUAGAUUUGGAUCAGGAUGAACUGUACGAUGAAGACCAAUUCUAUAAGGAGUCGGAGGCCAUACCGCCAGCACCUAAGCUCCAGGGAGCCAUUCCCAAUGUUGGUAUGCCCUUUGACUUUGGCGGAAAUGCGGCAGGUGAUGGAGCGUCAAGCACACUGCUUCCGCCGCUCCUUUCACGCAACGAUGGUUCGCUCGAGGAGAGACUUCAGUCAUCUGUACGUCUUAUAAAUCGCAUCAAAGCGUCAUUGAAUCAUGAAUUGGUGGUGGCAGAAACAACGACAGAAGAAACAGCAGUCACAACCGAUGCAGAGACCCACACAGAGUUGAGCUCUGAGCUUGAUCCUAACUCUAAUUCCACACCGACUAAUACUGAGUUGACUCCUGCUGGCGAGGAGGGCAAUUUCUAUUACCGUCGCAAAUGCGUCGAUGCCGACGAUUGGGGUACCAUUGGAUUGAAUUGCACCGAAGAAGAUAUCGUCAGGGAACGUGUCGAAGUGGUUGGUUUCUUGUCAAAUUGGCUUCACACCUAUAUCCAUAUACGAAAAAACCAGGAACAAUUUUACCUUUACCUAAUCAUAUCGGUAACUGCUGGAGUUCUUCUGUGCUUGACGCUUAUCAUAGGUCGCCUCACAAUGCAGAAACGACGUGGUGAACGCAAAAAUAGCAGCUCAAGUGGCAGUGGCACUGGCAAAGGCUACGGUGAGACUCAAGCUGGUGGGGCAGGCGGUGGCGGUGGCGGUGGCGGAGGCAAUGGUGGCAAUGGAACCGGAACCAGCAGCAAGUUUCAACAAACGGCAACAGGUGAAACACAUCUAGCCGACUCCUUUGCCGACGACAUCUCUGACAUCGAUGCUGACAUAGACUUAACAAGUCCGAUGCCCCUGCCCAGCCUUUCGUCACGCAACGAGACAUACAUGACAUACGCGCCGACACCCAACUGUAGCUAUGGGGGCAUACCUUCCAGUCAGCCACAUACACAUCCUUCAUCCUCAGCUACAACCGUCCUGAUGGCACCACCCUCUCAGGCCAACAUCUAUACUAGCAUGGGUCAUCCCACCAUGAGCGGUCCUCUGACAAUGGGUCCUCAUGUGCUGGGCCCUUCUGGUCUGAGCACUGUAUCUCCGGCAUAUCUGAGCGGCACCGUUAUGGUACCGGGACAUCACCACACGCUUCGUCGCACCUUAAUACCAACCAGCAUGGGCAUGAUGAGUACACCAUCGCCGCCACCAUCAUCCUUGGGCCUGGGUCCUCAUUCAAUGGCCGGCAUGCCAUCAACAUCGAGCAGUGGAGGAGUCCCCGGAGGCGGCGGCGGCGGCAGCGUCUACUACGACAGUACAGUGCCACGUAACCUGGCACGGGGAAUGUCGGCGGACAGCAGUGCCCAAUAUUUCUAUGGAUGACACUCGCUUAAUCGCAAAGCCUCGCUACCGAUGGCAAUAGCAGUACGGCCAUCACCUCAUGUUGGUUUCAACAUGCUGCCCCUAUCCGCCACCAUGGGCUCAACGGUUAGCUCCGUCGCACCAGAUUCCGGUGGCGGUGUGAAUAGCCGCUCAGGCACACCCACCAACGGCAACAAGCCGGACAUCCCAGCAAUUACGGUGACUGCCUCGCCGGGUCAACCCGCCAUGGCACUGGCCGCCAAGUUGCAUGCCUUGAAGCCAACAACAAAAGGUGCUAUAUUGGUUGAGAAACACGAAACGGCAUCGCCGCAAAGUUCGGCGGUUAUGACAACCAACAGCAGCGGCACCAGCAGCAGUGCAGGAACUGGAAGCAUGCAGCAGAUGUGCACGUCCGGCCGUAGUCAGUGUUUCUAGGGCCAAAUGACGGUAGGUGCCGCGACUGAGACCGAACUUUUUUACUUGUAAAUAAAAAUCGAUAGACUCAUUUCUAGCUAAGUAACUCAAACCGUUGUGUAGUGAAGUUCUUGGAGCGCUGAUUUUAACGGUCAACAAACACACAAAUGACAUGCAAUAUUAAAAUAUAUAUAUAUGAAUAGAGGCUAAUAAACUGUAACUAAAACAAAAAUUUAAUUUAGCCAAAUUGAAAUAAACUUCAGCAAAAAAAAUAAAACUUAACCGGCAUCCGAGGGAUGGGCAAUAAUAAUAAGUUCGGAAAAGGUUACAAUGCCAUAACCUUAAGUACCAAAAGUAAAUAAACGUACAAUUUACUAAACAAUUAUCCCCUAGAUACACACACACACACUUUAAAUACAAUUAAGAUAUAGUUAAAGAAUUAAUGGAUUAAUACAAAACUAAUUUCAUGAAUUUCUAGUCCUAAGUAAAUGAGGAAUUCCACGAAUUCUGGGAGAUCAGUGUCCCAAAGUUGAUUUGAUUUUUGCCUUAAAAUUAAUGUUAUACAUAUUUAUAUUCAUAAUACAUUAAACACCAAACCAAAAAACAAAAAAACGCCCACUCGAUUGGGGAGUGACAGUGUUUGAAGUUGAUUCAAGCAUAAUGUAGACCAGAUAUACUUACAUACAUACAUUAUGUAUACAGAUUUACAUUCGUAUUACAUUUUAUUCGCAUAACCAUUGAAUAAUAGUAAUCAUAAUUCAUAAUUUAUAAAUAGGUAAAUUAACAAAUGGUAACAUUCUUUUAUUGAAAGAAGAAAAAAAACCACCUCAGCAUCAUUCUCUUAACUAAAAAUCCAAAAAAUAAUAUCUGAUGUGUCCAUGUAUUAAAAAGAGAGAGCAAAAGGAAGCACAGCAUACCAGCAUAGUUUUUAGAGCAUAUAACCCUAGAGAUUGUUAAACACUUGCAGAGAACCAGCCACAUAUGUAUGUAGUUAGUGACGUUUGUUGGCCUCGGCAAUGUUAUUAAUGUUAUUACAUACAAACUAACACACAUACAUACAUAUUUCCAAGUCCAAAAAUAAUCAUAAUUUGUUUUUUCAAUGCCAACUAAUCACUAUGUAAUAGUGAAUAUGCACUUUAUGCACAUACAUACAUAAGUAUAUUCAGUACAUACA